GCUAGCUAGGCUGCCCUGCACAUGUCACUGUGCUGGGAAAUGCAGGGCUGCAAUUUGUGCAUGUACAGUCUGUGUGUAUAGUUAUAUUGAUGCUAAUUACAUGGGCAGCUUUGUGUGACUUGAUUGAGCCCUUUUGGCAACAGCCUAUUUCACCCCAAGCCCAGUACCAGCUGUGCCCUGCCUAUGUGACUGCAUCUAUAGAUGAGCACAGGCAGCAUGUCUCUGGAUGAGCAGAAACACAUCCUCAAAUGGGUACAGGAGGGCAAGUUAGAUUUGCUGAAAGAGGAGCUGCAGAGAGAAGACCAUCUGUUUAGUGAUCUGCCAGUCAGGCACUUCGGUAUAUCUGGGGACACAUUGCUGCACUAUGCAGCAAGACAUGGGCACCUGUCAGUCGUCUCCUAUUUAGUGGAGGUCCUCAGCAUGGAUGUGGAGGUGGUCAACAGUGAUUACAAGAGGCCUCUUCAUGAAGCUGCAUCCAUGGGUCACAGAGACUGCUUGUUGUAUCUGCUCAAAGGGGCUAUGGUGGACAGCUUGAAAAAGUCUGAUUGGACCCCACUGAUGAUGGCCUGUGCAAAAAGAAACCUGGAAGUGAUCAAGGAUCUCAUUGAGCACAGAGCUAAUCCCAUGCUGAAGAAUAAAGACGGCUGGAACUGCUUUCACAUAGCCACCCGGGAGGGAGACCCAGCCAUCAUCCGCUAUCUUCUUGAUUUCUUCCCCGACAUCUGGAACACCAAGAGUAAGAUAAACCGGAGCCCGCUACACACAGCAGCAAUGCACGGAUGCUUUGAGGUUGUACAGAUUCUUCUAGAGAGGUGUAAUUAUGAGCCGGACUGCAAGGAUAGCUGUGGAGUCACCCCAUUCAUGGACGCUGUACAGAAUGGUCACCUUCACAUCUCUCAGCUUCUUAUAGACAAGAAAAAGGUGUGUUACACAAGUGCGGACAACAUGGGUGCUCAGGCGUUGCAUCUGGCUGCAGUUACAGGACAACACCAAGCCAUUGAAUACCUGGUGAAUCAUCUUGGUGUCAAUGUGAAUGAAAGAGCAACUGUGAUUCAGCUGAGCCCACUUCAUUAUGCGGCCAAGGAAGGACAUGUCAGCACUAUAUCAACGCUGUUAUCACUUGGUGCUGACUUGCACUGUAAAGAUGCAAAAGGAAGAUCUGCACUACACAUGGCAUGUGGCGGUCAGCAUGCAGAAUGCGCUCGUAUCCUGCUGGAAUCCGGGUUAGCUGACUCUGUUGACUGCGCUGGAGUCUGUGCCCAGGAACUGGCUAGGAAGCCAGAGGUUCAGCUACUCUUUAAGGACAUACAUAGAGGAGUAUAAAGAGGAAGAAACCUACAAAUGGGACAGACCUCUGUAAAGGCACCUACAUCAGCUUUUGCAAGAGCAUCGGCUAUAAAAGGGUUACAGAUUAUUGCAAAUGAUCGGCUAUAAAAGGGUUACAGAUUAUUGCAAAUGAUACAGAAAAACUGCAACACCUUUAUCUGGAUAUAGUAUCACCUCUAUACUUUGUUACUGUAUUAUUAGAGUUAAAUAAUAUAUAGCAACUGAAAGUGAAUACAGUUUGAUGGUGCAGAAUUUAAUAAUUAAAGGGACAUAAAACCCA